AUGGGAGUUUUCACUUAUGAAUCUGAGGUUAUUACAGCAAUCCCACCAGCCAAGAUGUUUAAGGCUUGCAUCCUUGAUGGUGACAAUCUCAUUCCCAAGAUUCUUCCCCAGGCUUUUAAGAGCAUUGAGUACAUUGAAGGCAAUGGUGAGCCUGGUAGCAUCAAGAAGGUCACCUUUGGAGAAGGAAGCCAAUUCAAAUACAUGAAGCAGAAGGUUGAAGCAGUAGACAAAGAAAAUUUUGUGUACAUUUACAGUGUGAUUGAAGGCGAUGCGUUGAUGAACAAGCUUGAAAAAAUCACUUACGAGACAAUGCUAGAAGCAUCUCCAGAUGGGGGAUCCGUAUGUAAGACUACUAGUAAGUAUCACACCAUUGGUGACUUUGAGCUCAAGGAAGAGGGAAUCAAGGCUGGCAAAGAAAAGGCCUUGGGAAUAUUCAAGGCCAUUGAAGCUUACCUACUGGCGAAUCCCGAUGCCCACUAA